AUGAGUGACUACAUUUCGUCUCUGUUGAUUGAGCCCAUCUUAAGACACGCUCGCCGCUUCUCGCAAGUCCCCGAGUUAUCCGUCUCCGACGACGAAUCAGUCCCGCCUUCCCCAAGAAACUAUGACUUUGACGAACCUGCUCCAUCAACGCUCUUUCAACUUUCGAUCCCCUCACUGCAGAAGCUCGAUAAUGAUGACUCUCACUCAGUAACACGAAGCACCUUGUUAGAUGCGGACUUGGACUGUGCUCAGCGACGAGUGGUGGCAUGUCGGACUUCGGGCCUCAACGACGACCUGAGACGGACAAUGGACGAUUCCCAAAGUCAACCAGUCAGCGGUAAUCAAGAUACUCGAGAGACUCAAUCUCGUCUGGCGAUGGACACUGAUAUAGGGAAUUAUACUGAUGGACUAUCGGUGGCGGGUACGGCGUUCACGCCUAGCGACGCGAUCAGCGAUCGAUAUCGCAGCUCUAAACUGCGCGAACUCCCUGAGGAUGACGGAAUGGCCGAUCUUCGAAGGAGAAUACAUGCUAUAAGAGACAAUGAUGCAAGCGGUACCCAAAAAGCCCGUUUGAUUCAUUCCCUGAUGAUUGAGAGCUACGAAGCUGCUCGAGCAACAUUCAGCGAACGGCCGACAUCAUCUUCGCAAUCUCCAACCCGGGUUCGAAGUCGAGAGCAGUCGCCAGCUUCGUCGCCACUGCGAUUUAGACGCUUAUCUAAUAGGAGUUUCGAUGAUCUUAUAGAACAAAGCACGAUUGCGUCUGUCAGAGCAUACUACAAUGUAUCACCAGAAGAUUUAGAACCAACUUUCGCACCGAAAGACAUUGACGUUCCUACGGACACUACCGAACAGUCAACAGUCGCGAACGUCGUGCCAUCGAGUGGAAAUGAGGACAACCUUAGCAAUAGCGAUUAUGCGGACGAGGCUGCACAGGUCCUGGGCUGCCCGCAUUAUAAACGCAACGUCAAGCUGCAAUGCUACACAUGCAAGAAAUGGUACACGUGCCGAUUCUGCCAUAACCAGAGCGAAGACCACGCUCUCGAACGUCCGAAAACAGAGAACAUGCUCUGCAUGCUAUACCGCACAAUUGAAAGCCAACCAAUGCCGAGCGAGUUUGAAGAUACAAGGGCCAUGAUCUACUGUAACGACUGCGGUGCCAAGUCAAACGUACCGUAUCAUUGGCUUGGUUUGAAAUGUGAUUUGUGUGAAUCCUAUAACACAGCACAGCUUCGGCUACUUACCGGUACUGACGAGACCACCGAGUCUGAACUGGCUUUAAGGACCAGAGCCAUCCCUGUCAAUAUACUGGAUACAAGCUACGAUGUUAUAUCAGCCACCAGCCUGGGGGUUGAACCAUUUGACAGCGCAGAUGCCAAUCCUCGUUGGCGACCAUCCACUGCGACUUCCACUGACGGACGCCCUCGUCAGCGUGCCGUGUCACCUACUGUUGGGAACUAUUUUGAAAUGUCUCGAGACUCGACCUGGGCUGCAUCCAUUUUCUCUCGUCGUCGAAGUGAAGGCGGCAAUGAGGAAGGGGAACCUGGCUUUUGGGCCACCUCUCCUUUACGGAAAUACGCUUUUUUCAGGAAACACAGCGUAUCAAGCGAUGAGCAAAGCGAUAGUGAUAAUGAAAGCGGGACUACUGAUGAGAUCGAAGAUGAAGACGAUAACGAGGUGGAGGAUGACGAAGAGGACGAGAUAGAUGCUAUCGAGAUUUUCGGCCAUCGUUGA